AUGUUCAUUGGUGGCUUGAAUUGGGAGACUACGGAUCAGUCCCUGAAAGACUAUUUUUCUCAAUUUGGGGAGGUGCAAGAAUGCACCGUGAUGCGAGAUAGUGCUACUGGUCGCUCCAGAGGCUUUGGAUUCUUGACGUUCAGAGACCCAAAGACUGUCAACACCGUUAUGGUCAAGGAACAUUAUUUAGACGGCAAGAUUAUUGAUCCCAAGCGUGCAAUCCCGCGCGACGAGCAGGAGAAGACUAGUAAGAUCUUUGUGGGCGGCGUUAGUCAAGAGGCGAAUGAGCAUGAUUUCAGAGACUUCUUCACCCAGUUCGGACGUGUGAUCGAUGCCACUCUUAUGAUUGACAAGGAUACCGGCCGUCCCCGUGGUUUUGGAUUUGUGACCUUCGACAGUGAAGCGGCUGUCGAAGCAGCUCUCUCGCGUCCUUUGGAAAUUCUAGGUAAACCAAUUGAGGUCAAGAAAGCUCAGCCAAGAGGCAACUUGCGCGAUGAGGAAGACCGCCGAUUCCGUCGUGGCAGGGAGGGUUUUCGGGACGGAGGAGCAAUGGGGAGCGACAAUUCGCAGCAACAGGCCGGUGCUCAAGGCCAAGGCGGCAUGGCUGGUGGACUCACCCCUCAAAUGAUGGCACAGUAUUGGCAGAGGAUGCAGCAGUACUUUGCGUUGAUGCAACAGCAGAUGGCCGUUGCUGCCGCUCAGGGUCAAGGCAUGGGAGGAAUGGGCAUGGGCGGGAUGAAUCCAUCCAUGAUGCAACAGAUGCAGCAAAUGAAACAGAUGCAGCAAAUGCAAAUGGGUAAUAGCCAGGCACCGCAGGGAAGUCUAAGCCCUCCGUCACAAAGCUCGACCCCCCAGACGAUGGCACCGAACAUGAUGAAUCCCGCCAUGAUGCAGCAGAUGCAGCAGAUGCAACAGAUGCAAAAUCAAGGCCAGAGCAGCAACUCUGGGAGCAUGUCCGGCCAGAUGGUAGGGGGCGGCAACGGAAUGAACAUGGCCGCAGCCAACGCUAACGGCACUUACUCGGGCCAUCGGGGCGGACCUGGUUACAAUGCCCAAGAACAGAUUGCCUUUGAGCAGCAGAAGUACGAGCAGCAACAGGCACGCCGAGCCAUGGAGAACCGGGCUUUCUCUCCCUAUCAGCAGGGGGGACCGACUUCUUGGGAAGGUAUGUAUGAUGAAGUACCUCAGCCGAACAUUCCGACCGGGCCCCAGGCCAUGACCCGCGCGGGGAGCAUGGGACGCGGUCCAACUCCGCAACCUCAAAGCGCCGCCCCUGCCAAUGCUCCAACGGGUCCGAAGAAUGCCGGCAAGCCAGGUGCCAACUAUCGCGGUGGAGGCCGUGGAGGUCACCGUGGUUUCCACCCUUAUUCCCGAGGUUGA